AGGUCGUUUUUUGUUUAACGGGUACUAUAAAACCAACCACGAGUUGGCGUUGUAUGGGAGAAUCCAUCUUGGAGAGUAUUUUCUGAUUGUGUGAUCACUAAGAGGCUUUAGGGGAUUAUUUUCCAUCUAUUCAUCUUAUUUUGUAUUUGUGAAAAGGGGACCCUAACAAUUACAAAAUGUCUGACACCGAGCAACAGUUUAUGGAAACAUCAGAAAACGGCCACGAAGGCGAGGAUGAUUUUAACGGCGCAAAGACAGCCGAUGAAACGGAAGAGACCGAGACCCUGAAUAAAGGCGAGGAAGAGACCGAAGCCUGCAUAGAAGACGAGGCGGCAGUAGAGGGAGAAGAUUCGCAAAAUGGUGCCACUGAAGGCGAAGGCGGACAGAUCAACGCCAGCAAAGGCGAGGAGGAUGCAGGGAAAAUGUUUGUUGGAGGACUUAGCUGGGACACAAGUAAGAAAGAUCUUAAAGAUUAUUUCUCUAAAUUCGGUGAAGUGACGGACUGCACCAUAAAGAUGGACCAGCAGACAGGCCGGUCAAGAGGCUUUGGCUUUAUUCUAUUCAAAGAAGCAGUCAGUGUAGACAAGGUUUUGGAACAGAAGGAACACCGACUUGACGGACGACAGAUCGACCCCAAGAAGGCCAUGGCUAUGAAGAAGGAGCCCGUAAAGAAAAUCUUUGUUGGUGGCCUCAACCCAGACACAGACAAGGAAGUUAUCCAGGAGUACUUUGGAACCUUUGGCGAGAUCGAGACAAUCGAGCUUCCACAGGACCCAAAGACGGAAAAGAGAAGGGGGUUCGUGUUCAUCACGUAUAAGGAUGAAACUCCUGUCAAAAAAGUGUUAGAAAAGAAAUUCCAUAACGUCAGUGGAAGCAAGUGUGAGAUUAAAAUAGCACAGCCCAAAGAGGUGUACCAGCAGCAGCAAUAUGGCGGCCGUGGCGGUGGCAGUGGAGGUGGUGGAAGAGGCAGGGGCCGUGGAGGUCAGGGCCAGAAUUGGAACCAAGGUGGCGGAUACAACAACUACUGGAACCAGGGCUAUGGGAACCAGGGCUACGGCUACGGUGGACAGCAAGGCUACGGCGGAUAUGGAGGCUAUGGCAACUACGACUACUCCGCUGGAUACUAUGGCUAUGGGGGUGGCUACGACUACAACCAGGGCAAUGCAGGCUAUGGGAAAACUCCAAGACGUGGAGGCCACCAGAGUAGCUACAAGCCAUACUGAUCACAUGUAGUGCAGGUCUUAAGUAAAUCAGAAAAAAGAAACCCAUGGUCCGGCCACAGCGAACAUGGGCUUUGGCUUUUCCUUUGGAGUUGGCAGAAAUUUGGACUCAUGCUCCAUAUGUACAGAUCAAGUGAGGAACUGGGGAAGCAAAUGUCACUUUUCCACCUUUUUAUUUUUUAUUUUAUAUGGUUUUGUCCAUUUACAUUUCCAGAGAUGGAAGUGUUAUUUUUACUGUACUUUUUGGUACCUUUUUGAAUCUAAUGUAUUGUGUGGUUGUAUUUUACAUGUCUACUGGAUUUGCCAACAAACCGGAGCAGAGCUUUCAGAAGCUUUUGAAAUAAAACAAUUACCUUUUUUUGUUAUUUCUAGGAUUAGUAAAACAUUUUCCCGUGCUGAGUGUUUGACGCGAGUUGCAUGGCUUCAGAUGUGGGGUGAGGUGAAAUAAGAGAUUUAAAAUCUAAUCAAAGGUUUCAUUGUAAGCUUGUCUAGUGAAUGCUUGCAUUUGGCUAGUAGACGAGGACAACCAGCAUUAGUUUUUUGGCUUUUAAGGAGGUCCCCCCUGAUCUUCUCUGUAAUUUUUUAAAAAGUGGCUUUACUAGUGUUACAUACGAUACAGUACAACUGAGCGCAAGCCUGUUAAUGUAAGUAGAGGGCCUUCCCUUUCUCUCUGGAAACUCAUUCCUCUAGUGUCUUGGGCAAAUUGGUAGAAAUAAACUUUUGGUUUAUAUUA